AUGACCAUCAGCAAUAAGGUGGCCUUCAGAGUCAUUGAAAAUAAUUAUGUGAUGGUGUACAGACCAUUUGAAGAUGUACUGAAGACGCAGGCGGCGCUGUAUGAGACCGCAGAUCCCGCUCGGUGUCUGGAUGCUCAGAAAAGGUUACGUGCAUCCCGUGUAUUAGUUGCUGGAGUGUGUGGGCUGGGAGCAGAGGUCAUCAAGAAUUUGGUUCUCUCGGGAGUAAAAUCUGUCACUUUACUGGAUCAUCGUACAGUUACAAAUGUUGAGACAUGCUCAAAUUUUCUUGCUCCGCAUGAUGCCAUUGGUAAAAAUAUAGCCGAGGCUUCCCGAGAAAGAGCGCAGAUCUUAAAUCCAAUGGUAGAAGUUGCCGCUGACACGAGCAAUGUUAAAGAUAAAGUUGAUGAAUACUUCACCCAGUUUGAUGUUGUGUGUUUGUGUCGUUGUGGUCGGGAGCAGCUCACCAGAAUCAACAAUAUAUGCCGCCAGAAUAUUUUAUUUUUUGCUGGCGAUGUGUUUGGAUUCUUUGGUUACACAUUCACAGAUUUACAAGAACACCAGUAUGUUGAAGAUGUGAGAGAAAAGAAGGAAGUGGAGCAGGAGGGCAAAAAACAGACCAUAGAAGAGACUAAAAUGGUUAAACGUACAGAAUCAUUUAUCCCUCUUUGUCAAGCAUUAGAUGCAGAUUGGACUUCAAAUAAGUAUGCUUCUCAGCUAAGAAAAAUAUCUCCAGCUUACUUCAUAAUGCAUAUUCUGAUGGAAUUUGCUAGCUUACAUGGCAGAAUUCCUGAUCCAGCUCGUAGGAAUGAGGAUGAAGUUGAACUGCUGACCAUUAAGAAUGCAUUAUUGGAGAAGAUGGCUGUGCCUCAGGAGAAAGUUGACAAUCAAUUUGCUGGGUUGGUGUUUGGUCAAGUGAGUCCUGUGUGUGCAAUUGUUGGGGGCGUUCUUGCACAAGAGAUCAUCAAGGCUGUAUCCCAGAAGGAUCCACCUCUUAACAAUUUUUUUUUCUUUACUACACUAGAUGGUGCUGGUGUUGUGGAGUGCAUUGGAUAUUGAAAAUAUAUAGAAAUAUAGAAAGUUGACUAUCUAAAGAGUGUGUCAAGAAGUGAAUUUACUGGAUUAAUUUUUCUUGUAAACUUUAUACUUUUAUGAGAAAACAGAAAAUCAUCAUUAUAAAGAAAAUGAUAAAACUAAAAAAAUUGUCAUUAUAAAGGUAAACAAAGUUUUUAUUUCACAAAUGUCGAGAGGAUAUUUAAUGUUAAGGUUUUUAUUGUAUUACAAGUUAGAAGUCAUCCUACCUUGGUGGGAGAUGGCUUGAUGUAUAAGAAAAGAUUUAGUUCUUUAGCUGUCUGUAAUAGUUCUAUACAAAUUUUAAACCUCAUGAGCACAAGGUUUAGAUUGUAUUUGUUGGUAAUAAAAUUUUGAUUUAAA